UCUAUGAACAUGAACUUUACAGUCUUGUGUCCUCUUUGGAUCUCCCCAUCUAUCCACUGAAGAGCCUGCGUUGCUGUUGAAAUGAUCUUAACAUCCUACUUUUUCUUUCAUUUCGGCCUUUUCGAUGUGCGGCAGAUGGAUUUUAAAGCACAGAUUCUUCCGUCUCGACUGCUUCGUCGGCAGUAAUGACUGUAGCCUACAGAAGUCGCCGCCUCCUCUAGCUUUCUUUCUCCCUGCCUGUGUUAUCCCCAAGAGGGGAAGCGACAGCACGGGUGACUGAAGUGUGUAUGCUUGUGUGUGUGGUUUAGGAAUGGGGGUGUAAAUACCACCGUCUGUCCUUUACAAGAUAUUUUCCCUCCUGCCACGAUCAGUUGUAUCGAGUCUGGCAGAGGAAAGAUCACAUCCGUGUAUUGCUGAGCCACCGAGCUUCACGACAACAGAAGGAAGAGUGCGGGUUAAUCACUGCUGAUAAUGCUAAGAAGAGAGCAUUAGGGAGAUGGAGACGGUGUCGUCCUCCGGCAAGAAGUUGCUCGCAGACACUUUGCAACUCAGGGUUCAUCCACUACGCCACGCUAUUGGCUAUUGGGCCCUCACGUGACUCCAGGCUUCACCCGCAUCGCCUAGGCAAUUAAAUGCCUUGAGGGCAGUUCUGCACUAGACCUCCACGCGCUCGGAGCAGGUCACGCUGAAGGCCACACGUGGGAUUCGCAAGACUGUAGUUUUCUUCAGAAACCGCACGCGACGUGUCCUAGUGACAGCCGAAUCACGAUUGGGAUCCGACCUCACUGCAUGAACCAGGUGGACCAAAAUAAGGGCAAUGAAGUGUCAGUGAAAAUUAAUGGAACGAGCACUAAAGGCUUCUUCUACAAGAAUGUCUACCCUUGGAUGAGAGAAACGCAGUCUGCCACUGCAAGUCAUGAGACACCCAGCUCCUGCCAAUCAGGAGCAUCACCAUAUAACAGUGGUGAGCUGGAUUCUCCAGAGACAGCAAGAAGGAAUGACAGCAGCUCCAGCAGGAAGCGUAUACGCACAGCUUUUACCUCUUCCCAGCUGCUGGAGCUUGAGAAAGAGUUCCAUUUCAGUGCUUACUUGUGUCGCCCACGACGCCUUGAGAUGGCGUCUGUGCUCAAGCUCACUGACCGACAGAUAAAAAUCUGGUUCCAAAAUCGUCGCAUGAAGUACAAGAAAGACCACAAGGGAAAAGAAAAGGUUUGGCCAACCUAUUUAAGUGUCCAAUCUUCAGGAGAAGAAAGAAGUGCUGUAAUGGAUAUUACAGCUACAGCCUCACACAACUUCCAGUACUUCAGUCAGCCAAGCAUCAACUGUACUCAAAGCAGUUAUGGAGACACUAUGUACAGAGAAUGGUUCCUGAUUACAAAGUCAGCUACACCUGUUAAAGACACUACUUUAGACCCUCAACCUGUGCCCAGACUUGAUACUUCAAAUUUGGCCUCAGGGCAUGAUUUCUGUUUGCACCAGCAAGUUGAAGGCUGUAUCCUGGCACCUCCAGGACUCUCAUACAUGUGACAGUUCCAAUCCACGAUCGGCCAAUUCUUCAUCUCCAGAUCUAUUUACCUCUUUUGCCCAUGUUUAUAUCUCAUUUGGUCUUAUAAUUACAAGAAAGCUUACCAAGCAAAUCAGAUGAAAAGAUAAAGUGGGUUUAGCAGUUACAAUGUGUUCUUGUAACUUUAUUCACAUAAAACGCAACAUAAUCACUCUAGCUUGCUAGAAUUCCUACAGAUUUCACAUGAGAUUGGAUUGUCAUUCCAUACUCUGGCACACAGUUCCACAGCUGCUAUCACUUUAAGAAGAGUCAGGAUUUGUUGCCCUAAGAAGCUGACAUACAGGCAGAUCAUUGACUUAAAAGAGCUGGUGAGCCAAGUAUACUCUCAUGGGCAAAAGGCCAGGGGAGAAUUACAUUACGUUAUCAGCCAGUAUGCAGUAAAACUGGGAGGGUUUCCUCUGUGGAUAAGUUGUAGCAGGCUCUGUGAAAAGUAAAGAGAUUUAUUGAACAUGGACAUGAGCCCACUUCUAAGAAUUUAUCUACCAAGCUCAGAUAGGUUGGGGGAAAUAAGCACAAAAAUCCUCCAAGCAUUUGUAAGAGCAGUUACUGUUUUUAACUUAAUUGUGAAAUAUCAACAUGGGUAGAACAGGUACAGAGAAACUGUACUUAAGUAAAUGUGUCAAAAUCGUACUCAGUUAAAAGUAUAGACAUGGAGUGGAAGUAUCCAUGUUUAAACAUGCUCAAGUAUUUUUUAAAGGAUGUUCAUUUUCUUUAUCAAAUGCUAAACUGUUGUCAUGCUGUCAUCCUGUAUGAAUCAUUUGUAAAUCCAAGAGAACAUCAGUUCAAGGACCAAUUAGCGAAAUUGUGUGAAAGUUUCAUUUGAUAUUGAAGUGGGUUUUUGUUUGGAAUCACUGUAAAUUUACUUCAAUAAGAGUCCACAUAUUCAGUUUCAGUAAUACUUGCUUAAAGUGCAAAACUUCCAAAAUAGUACUUAAGUACAGAAAUUACAAGUAUUGUCCACCCCUGAAUCUCAGAACAUAAUGUAUUGUCUAUAGUCUAUAAGUAUAUAGGACAAAGUGUAUUGGUUUAUUUUACUAUUUUGCUUCGUAAACAUUUACAGUAUGUUCCCUCGGGAGAUAUUCUAAAGAAGUCAAACAAGCAUUUAACCGCUUUGUUUAUUUCAGUACUUAUUUCUUGUUUGUUUAUUAAGCAAACCAUGCUGAAUAGAUAUUUGCUGAAUAAAGCACACAUCUAUGUAUAGCAAAACAUUCUGCAUUGAUUCCUUUAUUUUGUAUUCUGUGUGCUGUAGUAACUUGCUAAUUACACAGUUAAUGCAUACUGCAGUUAUUAGUAGCUAUUAAACAUAUUUUAUGAAAAAUCAUGAUGAAAAAUCUGAAAAGGAAUUGCCUUGAACGUGCAGUACAGGUCAGAUCAGAAGAAAUAUGAUCUGUCAGUUGUCAUUCUUUGUGCUUAUAGAUUUUAAUAAUCAAUUUAAAUAGGAAAAAACAUGCAUUUCAUUCUGUGUUCAUUGUUUGUUUUGUGUCAAUUGCAUAUGAAUAAACUGACAUAAUGCAUGUAUUUAAAAAAAA